AUGGGGUGUGCUUGGAGUGUUCAGUGUGUACUGGUGAUGAUAUUGAGCUUGUUCCGUGUGGGAUCGAAACUGAUCGUGGGUGUGGGAAGCCAUCUUUGGCUUCUCAUCAAGAAUGGUCAGGAGGUUGCUAUCAAGCAAGCGAAGCUGUCUAACAGGUACUUGAUUAAACUCAAUGUUGAUCUCUCCCUGAUGAAACCAAUUUAUCAGGCAGCUCGAUCUUCACAGGUAUGCAUCACCAAGCAUCAUUCACAGGGACGUGAAAUCAUCAAACAUCCUUCUCGACAUGACUCGAACUUUGGCCUUCGCUCACUCGAAGAAACUGAAGCCAGUGGAACAACCAGCACAAUCGCUGGCACACCCGGUUACUUGGAUCCCGAGUAUGGUUCCUCUCUCCGCCUCACAGCCAAGAGCGAUGUUUACAGCUUUGGAGUGGUUCUUCUAGAGUUACUCUCCCGCAAGAAGCCGAUUCUUCGAGAGAUAUGA